GCGCUGCACGACUGGACCUAAAAAUACAAGAAAAUUAGGUCAAGAAAUAUAACUACGGUAACUCCAGGUAUUGCACAUUGUAUUUAAAGUAUUUAUUGACACAAUUAUGGAAGAACUUAUAAAAAAGACAGAAACAAUGCUAAGAGCCGUGCUCAUUAGCAGYCCUCGAGGGGUUCCUCUYUAUCGCCUUGACAGAGARUACAGAAGCAUAACAUUUGAGCCUAUUCCGUACUCGAAAUGUGGCUUUAAAACCUUGGAGGAUUUCAUAAGAAGYAUACCAAAGGUUGCAAGAAUAGAGACCGAUCGUGAUGGCGAUACUGUAGUAAAAGGAGUCCCGUCAGAAGCUGAUCAGCAUGUAGCAAAGUUGAUCGCAAAGCAGAAGAAACCAAAGAUCAAAAAAUCUGCGUCUCGCCCUGCACGAMGACCAAUGGCUUCAUCUCUAAGGUUCAGUUCUCCAGCUAAAUUCUCGACUAGUAAAUUCGGUCCAAGGUCCACAAAGCCAUCAAUUCCUAUGGCAAAGCAAUUGCCAUCAUUCASCUCUGCUUCWUCAAAUAGYAGAAAUCAGUACUCGGCACCAAGAUUUAUUCCUCCUCGSCUUGCAAGGAAAGCUUUUGGUGAYAUGCAUACUUCAAAUAUGCAAGUUUCUUCUGGCUCACAAAGAAAGGUUACAGUUGUUCCGCAAACAGAUUCCUCAGGGCCAAAAAGAUUAGUGACUCUGACUUCACAGUCAGUUCCYGAAGAAAAACCUGUGAAACCAAAUCCAAAACCACCUAGCUCAAAAAGAACUGUUAAACCUAAAGGCAUUAAUUUUACUGGAAUGGAAAUAAGCUUUUCAAGAACACCUCCCCAGUCUCCAGUAACUAACGAUCCAGGCCAAUCACUGAGGACACCUCCACAAUCUCCAGUAACUAGAGAAACCAGCCAAUCACUAAGUCCUGAGGUACUAGAGAGGAUUGCAAGUAUUGCAGGAAACAAUGUCAAUGGUUUUUUCCUGGCAAGAUUACCUGUUGUUUAUAAAGAAAAAUACCAUAAAGAGCUUCCUAGUAACAUUGCGGAAUUGCUCUCUAACUACCCUCAUAUUGUACACUUAGAAAAAUUGGGCAAAAUUUAUAUUGCUUAUCCACCUAAAGUUAAAAAAUCUCAAUCWCCUCAAGAUGCUUCAAAUAAUAAAGCUGGAGAACCAACAGAAACUAAACAAACUCUUUAUAAAGUAGACAAACCAGAAGAUACUAAACCGAAAAGAAAAGUUAUAGAAUUGUAUACGGUCACACCAUACACAGUGCCAGCUUUAGGUGUUCCUGUCCAAGUGUAUGUUUCGUACAUUGAAAGUGUCAGUCAUUUUUAUGUUCAGUAUAAAGAAAAUGAAACUGAACUUGAUGCAUUACAACAAAGAUUGUAUGAUGAUAUGAAGGACUCAUCUGAAUAUGUCUCAUCACCAGUACGAGGCAUGCAUUGUUGUGCACRGUUCACUGAAGACAAUWCCUGGUAUCGAGGACAAGUACUGGAAUGUAUCGAAGAMAACACCACUAAAUCUGUCCAUAUAUUUUAUGUAGACUUUGGAAACUCAGAAUGGUUACCUCACACCAGAUUAAGAUAUUUAAAAAAAGAACAUGUUGAAUUGCCUAAAAUAGCUGUGCAUUGUAGUUUACGGGGAAUUACUGAAGAUGAUGAUGCCGCAGUGCAAAGAUUUACAAAUAUGUUGGAUAAAGAGUCAACAAUGACAGUUAUAGAACGAGUUGGUGAAGUACUAUUUGUACAGCUGACAGAUGAUAAUGGUGUUAAAAUAUCAGCAACGUACAAAGAUCAACAACCACAGGAACAAACAAACCAACAAACACAGAAAAACACAGACCAACAAACACAGAAAAACACAGACCAACAAACACAGAAAAACACAGACCAACAAACACAGAAAAACACAGACCAACAAACACAGGACAAAACAGAUCACCAAAUACAGAGAAAUGGAGAUGAACAACCUCAAAGAGAAACAGAACAACUCCCCAGUAAUAAAGACAAGACAUCAACAGACCCUACCCUUGAUAGCAGUAUAAGUAUUGGUGAGUUGUAUGCUAUCAAAUCCAGUGAGCUCCACUCAGAAGACCAGUACUACAGAGUGAAGGUGCUGUCAAUCACUGAUGACCAGGCCUUGUUGGAAUUUGUUGAUUAUGGUGAUACCAGGAAGGCCCCAUUAUCUGGACUCCAAAGACUACCAUCUCGCUUCCUUGAAUUGCCAAUGCAGGCCUUUACAAUCUCUCUUCAUGACAUACCAAAGACAAAGAAACCACAAGUUCUUGAYAAAUUGAAGCAUUAUCUAUUAGGCAAGGCUUUGGUUGCCGAGGUGUUUCACAGAGCUCAAAGUAAGUUGGACGUGGAAAUCUUUGAUACAUCAACGGACCAGGACCUCAACAUUAAUGAUGUGAUWAGGUCUCUUAUAAUACCUGAUGAAGACCUUGUACCAGCUUUACCCAAGGCCAAAGAAUGUCAACUACAUGGUAUUGAAAAAGAUUCUUGGAGUGAAGAAAAAACAGCCAAAAUGAAUGAGUUGAUCUCUGAAGAUGUAAUYCUUGAGGUAACCAARCAUGACGCAAUACCAACUGUCAAGAUUUACCUGACGACGGAAGAUAACGUACAAAUCAAUAUUGUGGAUUAYGUCAUGGAUGAGCUGUCAACAUCCAAGAGUGAUAGCUCCCUUGGUUCAGCCGAACCCGACCAAACAGAGAAAGAAUCUUCAUCUCAAGACGACGAUCAAGAUGACUCAACACCAGACCUUCCCCCACCAAUUAAGCUAUCACGGCCAUGGGUGGAUGUGACUAUAUCUGAUGUCAUAGAUCCUGGUCACUUCAUGUUUCAGCCAUUGGAGAUGAUAAAGCAGUUAGAAGAACUAAACAAGAAAAUGACAGAACAUUACAAGUUACAUAAGAUUUUUUUUGUUUACUUUAUUUUGCAGAUUUGCGUGCUUUUUAUUGACUACGGAAACCUUGGAAUUCAUCCAUCAAAAGAUUUCCGAGUUCUUUCUGAUGAAUAUAAACAAAUGGCUGCUGUGGCUGUUAAAGGCAGUUUAGCUGGCGUUCAUCCAAUCAGCGACUCAGGACAGUGGUCUGACAACGCUAAAAAAAGAUUCGAGGAACUGACUUUAUGGAAAAUGCUUGUAGCAUCAGUGGAUGGAGAUCAGUAUUUUUAUGAUUUCAGAGAAGAUUUAAAAGUUCCUCUAAAUCUCUUCGACACGUCAAUCAACGAUGAUGAUUUAAACAUUGCUGAUGUCUUGCUUAAUGAAAAUUUUGCAUCAAAACAAUAAAAUACAUCUAUUUGAUGCUGUAUGUCAGCUGGGAUGUGGAGAGAAGAGUUCUACCGAACAUUACAAAAUAGAAAUGAACGUGAAGUGCCUACAGAUGAAAAUUGAUUUAAAAAAUAAGGAAAAGAUAGCUGCAAAAASUUAACAAAGAUGCACUGCAAGCACGCGAGUAGAAGCACUGAAUAGCGAUGGAMAAAUGGCUGGGAAUUGAAUGGGAAUGGGAAUUGAAUGGAGKAAGAAAGAACAGGGAUCAGGGUAAACAGACGACCUGAGAAACAUUUAGGACUACAGGAAGCCCUGUUCAACCCAGCCUUUAGAAUAAGCUGACAUCGAAUGGAUAAAAGACCGCAAAAUGAAAUAAUGGGAAUUGAGUUAAAAGGAUCACAGCGGACAACGGGAUUAUCAAUUGGAUGCAUACUGAGAAUAGAAUAAAAGUUGUAUGAACUAUUAUGAUAUACCUAAAAGCUAAAGCUAUUUCAAGAUUUACUUUGGAAUAGCGUUUAUUAAAUUGCARCUCACGAAUUUCUCCAUUUAGUGCAGAUAUUURGUAGCAAUUUAGUAAUUUUGAAAAGCGAAAAUUCAUCUGCUUUCUUCGUGAAGCGCUCAAAAUUAUUUUAUAGUGGAUAUGACGAUUCACGCUGCACAUAUUAUAGAGUCGAACUGUAUAUAAAAUAGAGCUUGUUAUUAAUAAAAGAGUUUGGUUGAUA